AUGCAAGAACAACAAGAAGGUGAAUCAUUGUUGAACCGAAUUCAUCAUUAUCGGGAUGAUCAUGUCGUCGGAAAUACCACUUCUACUAACACACAUCAACAACGUGCUAAUGAAAAUUUAACCAGUGAAAAUAAUCAUGAACAAGUUGAUAACAAUGACUCGGAGGAAGUAUCGUUACAUGUAGAACAUUUUACCGAAGCACAUCCUAUUAACACUGGUGCGGAAGAGGAAAUAUCACAUGACGAACAACAAUAUUCUAACCCUCAAAGUGGAGGAGUUAGAAAAGGCUUAUUCGGAAGACGUGCAUGGGACGAUCAAGUCUAUCAACAACGUGCAGCUGAACGUUUGGAACGAGAAAAAGGUGGAGUAGAUACCGAUGAAAAAAGAAAAGUUGUACAAACUCGUUCCGAGUCUCUACAGAGAAAACCUCUUCAAGCUCGUGAAUCAAGAUUGUUAAACUUAUCGGAUGAAAAACUUAUUGGAAAGAAGGGAGUUAUUGAUGUGACUGCAGAAGGAAAGCAUAUCAUGCCCAACUCAAAAACUCUCAUUAAAAAGAAGAGCACAAGGGAGGAAACGAUUCAAAAAGUAGAUCCAAACGAGUUGGCAGGAUUCUAUUGUAGUGUUUGUGAUCGAAGCUUUAAAGAUUCUGCUAGCUAUGUUGACCAUUGUAAUUCAAAGCCUCACUUGUCUAGAUUAGGAAUGACUAAUAGAGCUGUUAAAGCAUCUGCAGAUGACGUGAAAAGAAAACUGCAAGAAAUUAUUGAUGCCAAAAAGUAUGAGCAAGGAAGAUCUCCUCAUUCUGUAUCAUCGCUGACAGCUUUGGCAUUGAGCCGGCUUAAAAGCUCCAAGAAUAAUGGAACCGAUGAGGUAAACAAAAAGUAG